AUGGCAAAGAUUCAUUUGGGAGAAGAUAGCAAGAGUCUAGCAGUCAGAAUCGUAGCACAUUUCACUCGUGCUAUUGACGCAGAGGUAAUUCAAAUUGUUGAGACAACAAGUGAAGAGCAUAAGGAGGAAAAAUUACUCUCAAUACCUGCAUUAGUUACUUCAGAGGAUGGCAGAAAGUUUGUGAAUUACUCUCCUUAUUCAAUCAUUGAGCAUAUUUGUAAGCUGACUCAUUUUCAGAAGGGUUUCGUUGGCAAAUCAGAACUUCAGCAGUCAAAGAUUUUAUCCUACUUUGAGGUAAUUGAGAAGCAAGAUGAGAAGAUAUUAGCUGAGGCACUCAAUAAUGACCUCAAAUUAAGAACUUAUCUAGCAGGCUACAAUAUCACAGCAGCUGAUAUUUUUGCUUACGCCCAUAUCAUCACUUACGCUAAAGGUUUGAGCAAGAAGGAUUUGAGCCAACAUGAAAAUUUGUUUAGAUGGAUCGACCAAAUCCAGCACUCUUCAGGUAUCCAAAAAUUUGCUGUUGAUCAUGAUUUAUUGAUCAUUUCUGCUGAUGACCUCGUCGAUCCAGCAUCUAUGGAGGAGACAAAGGAAGCUAAGCCUGAGAAGAACAACAGCAAGAAGGAUAAAAAGCAACAGAACAAGGGGAAUAAGCAGAAGAAUAACCCUCCUGCAAAGAAACAAGGAGAGGUCGAUUACAAAGCGGAGCCUGUGACAUUGGUCGACUUCAGAGUUGGGCACAUUGUUAAAGUCUGGCCACAUCCUGAUUCUGAUUAUCUCUACUGUUGUAGUAUUGAUAUUGGAGAAGAAGAGCCAAGAAGUAUUGCAACAGGACUCCAGAAAGUUGUCCCUAUAGAGGUCAUCCAAGAUGCAAUGGUCAUUGUCGCUGCUAAUCUAAAGGCUAGGAAUAUGGGAGACUUUAAGAGUGAUGGUAUGGUUCUCUGCUCUGAGAACGAGGAUGCUACCAAUUUUGAGCUAUUAACUCCUCCAGAAGGAGCAGUUCCUGGCGAAUUCGUCACAUUUGAGGGGUACGGAAGGAAUCCUCCAGAUAGGCUCAACAAGAAGAAAAAGAUAUUUGAAACUGUUCAGCCUCAUUUCAAGCUUGAUGGGGAAGGAAUUGCCCACUACAAAGACGCGAAAUGGUUGAUUGGAGAUAAGGGGCCUGUCUACUGCAAGACUUUCAGGAAUGGGGCCAUAUCAUAA